AUGGACAGGAUAUUGGUGAGUGCUUCCACAGGUGCGAUGAACUCCGUCUUGGGUAAGCUGGCCAACCUCAUGGGGGAGGAGUUCGCCAAGCUCAAAAACCUCCGGGAAGAGGUCAAGUUCGUCAGCGAUGAACUUGCCAGCAUGAAGGAUGCACUUGAGGGGCUUUCUUAUCUGGACGAGCUAGAUCCACAAACCAAGAGAUGGAGGGACAUCGUCAGGGAGAUGUCAUACGACAUCGAGGAAAUCAUUGAUGACUUUAUGCAAAACAUUGGAGGCACCGAUAAAAGUGAUGGGUUUGUCAGCAGCACGAUACGACGCCUCAAAACUUUGAGGUCUCGCCAUCGGAUUGCUCGACAAAUCGAGGAUGUAAAGAAACUUGUUCUCGAGACAAGUGCACGGCGUCAAAGGUAUAAGAUUGAUACCUCCUCAUCAAGCAAUGUGUCCAUUGACCCACGUGUUGCCUCGCUCUAUGAAAACGCAGCUAACCUUGUUGGUGUUGAAGAGCCAACGAAUGAGCUUAUUAACUUGCUAAGAGACGGGGAGAAGAAGUUGAAAGUGGUAUCUAUUGUGGGAUUUGGAGGUCUGGGCAAAACAACACUUGCUAGUGUGGUACAUGGUAAGCUCAAGGGUGAAGUUAGCAGUUGUACUGCUUUUGUGCUCGUUUCUCAGAAGCCAGACAUCCCAAAACUUCUCCGUGGUUUACUAUCACAACUUGGGGUAGAGCCAUCUAUUCACGCAUGCGAGUCACAUCUUAUCGACAUGCUCAGGGAACAUCUCAAAAAUGAGAGGUACUUGAUUAUAAUCGAUGAUAUAUGGGAUGUAUCAGCCUGGGAUAUUAUCAAAUGUGCUUUUCCAGAAAAUUAUCUUGGGAGCAGAGUAAUAACUACUACUAGAAUUCAGGUUGUGGCUAAGGCAUGUUGUUUCCAUGGUCAUGAUCACAUUUUAGAAAUGAAGCCCCUCAACGACAAAGACUCAAGAAGACUAUUUUUUGGCAGGAUAUUUGGCUCCGAGGAAGCUUGCCCUCGCCAUCUUAGAGAUGUUUCAGUUGAAAUUCUUAAAAAAUGUGGUGGUUUGCCUCUUGCAAUUGUUACUAUAUCCAGCAUGCUAGCCAGUGAAGAUUCCAUCCAAAAAGAAAGGUGGGAACAUGUAAGGAGUUGUUUAGGCUCAUUAAAAAAUCUCACGUUGGAAGGAGUUAGGCAAAUCUUAAACCUUAGCUACAGAGAUCUUCCCCUUCAUCUUAAGACGUGCUUGCUGUAUCUUGGUAUGUAUCCAGAGGACUACAUAAUAUCAAGGUAUGAUCUAGAACGUCAAUGGAUGGCGGAAGGAUUUGUCGGCAAAGAUUAUGGACAAGAUUGUGUGAAGGUCGCAAGUAAUUAUUUCAAUGAGCUUGUCAAUAGGAGUCUUAUUCAACCUGUAAAAUUUGACGGCAGAGGAUCAGUGACCAAAUGCAAGACACAUGAUAUGAUGCUCGAUCUUAUCUUGCUCAAGUCCACAGAAGAGAAUUUUUUCACUAUAGUGGAUGACCCACGAACCAUUACAGGACUGGAUUACAAGAUCCGUCGGCUGUCUGUUCACUUAGAUAGUCUCAGUAACAAUCAAGCAAUAUUACCGAGGAACAUUAGUAUGUCACAUGUCCGAUCAGUUAUGUUCUUUGGGAGCUCUGAGAGUACACCUGAUCUAGUAGAGUUCAAGCUCCUCCGAGUUCUGUUCAUUAACCUCCACCGUGCUACAGUUGAUCUCAGUGGACUGUCUAAAUUGUAUCAGCUGAGGUAUUUACGGAUUAGUCGCUUUUGCUUGUACCAACUACCAACACAGAUUAGAGCGCUACAACACUUGCAAACACUUGAUAUGGGAAGGUAUUCCAAUAUUCCCUCAGAUAUUCUGUCGAAAAAAAUUCCCUCAGAUAUAGUUCACCUACCAUACUUGAUGCAUCUAAAUGUUGGAUCGGAGCUUUUUGAUGGGAUAGGCAAGAUGAAGUCCCUACGACAUCUAUGUGCAUUUGAUUUGGCGGUGAACACCAUGGACAAUAUCAAAAACAUUGGUGAGCUCACCAAUCUGAGAUAUCUAUUUAUCUCAUGUGGCCCUCACCUGGACGAUACGGAGAGACGGAUGGAUGUAUUACGCUCUUCUCUGGGAAAACUUCGCAACCUUGAGGACCUGAUUGUCAGUAUGAGGGGCUGCAUAGAUGGCUUGAUGCCAUUGUCUCCUCCCCCAACUCCUUACCAACUUGAGAGAUUCGUCAUGUUCCGGAACUGCUGGUUUUCCAGGAUCCCUAGCUGGAUAGGGGAACUCCGUAACCUCGGUGAACUACGGUUGCAAGUUUGUGAGCUGCUAAAUGAUGGUGUUGGUAUCCUUUCAGAGCUGCCUGUCCUCGUUCACCUUGAUAUGGAUAUCCGAAGAGCCGUAGAUAAAAUGAUUGUCAUAUGUGCGGGGAGGGGAACAUUCCCUGCUCUAAAGCGUUUGUCUCUCCAAAUAAGCAGCAUGACAUACCUGGACUUCCAGGCUGGUGUAAUGCCCAAACUCCAGAGACUCGAGGUAAUGCAUAAUAUGAAUGGAUCAGAUCAGAAUGGGGCUUCACCAGCCGGCAUCGAGCACUUGUUAGCGCUUGAAGAGUUAUCUGCAGCAAUCGGCUGUGAAGGUGCUACGGAACCCACGAAGAGAAGCACAGAGUCUGCCUUGAGGAGUGCUAUCAACAUGCAUCCAAGCCAUCCUCGUGUUACAAUCAGAUUCUUCCGUCGCAAUUUGAAAUUUUUUCCAGAGUAA